AUGCGGGAAAAGUUUGCUGUUUUGGAAGACCGGGAUAUGAUGACAGCUUUGGACCGGGAUAGACACGCAGCUGACUGCUUUGGGAGAGCGAUUGGCGUAGGGCACAGUCGCGUUACUCUGAAGUUGAUGGACGUUGAAACAAAGAUGUGUCAAAAACAAGAGGGUAUGCGUUUCUGUCAGACGUUUGCCGCAUGCGCUUGGGCCAGCGUUUCACGAGCGCGAUCGAGUGCCAAAUGCGGCGUGUUUUACAGCGGGAAGGCAAUCGCUAUACAAGUUGCAGGCGUUCGCAUAAGCGAUGCGAGAUGGUGGUUCGGAUUUGUCCCGCCGUCCCAUUAUGAAAGCAUGCGAGGCCAGGAUGGAGGCAGGGAUGCGGAAAGCAAACAGGCCACGCAUGCUGGACACGUCGAGUUUGAUGCGGCAGAAGAGGAACAUGGCGACGAUACGCUUUUCAUGUUUGCGACAUAUAGCGACGGCGGCAGGGAAGAGGUGGCAGAAGCGUGGACGGAAGCGGAGCGGUGCUUGUCAGUGGCAUUCUGGCAUAGCGUGCGCCCGCGGUGGACGAGUACCGACAUUAGCGACGAUGCGAUCAAACUUGCGGCUUGCGGUGCCAGAAGCCAGCUCCACGGGACGAUGGGCCGGCUGGGAUGGGGCUGGGUUGGGUUGGGCAGGGAAGGCAAGGAAGGCUAUGAAGCACUCCUUUCACCACCUGAGUCACGAUGGGCAGCGCAGCCUGGAAGCGCUCAAAUAAUCAUCGUGAUGGUCGGUGCAGGCGGACGGCUCGCUGGCCAGACCUUCCCACUCCAGCGUCUCCCCGUCUGCCGGAAAUGGCUAGCGAUGCUCCAGGAGUAUGGGACGAUCGAUUAUACUUCGGGCAUUCGCUCCGCGCCCCGCUAG